AUGUCCGAGGGCACAUCCACCCCCUCACGGCCAGGAACACCAGUCGCCGACCUACCUACGUUUUCGCAUGUCCGACCAUACCGAUUUACAUGGGACCCCGCAUCGCGCAAGCAAGGCCCAGGCAGCGUCUCAGCGACGACCGAGGGGCGCGGUGACUAUUUCGCAGAGACGACCCCGUUCGAUUUAUACGGCUCAUCUCUCUCUUCCCUCCAGCCUGGGGCACUGCCUGCAGAAUGGAGCAGCGCGAAAUAUGGUUUCCACGGUGCGUGCUAUUUCAUUGAUGCGCCAGAUACCCCCUCACCCCGAACAGCGAUCUCCACCGUCGUGAACAGUCCACAUAAACGCUCCGCGCCACCCAAGGCCCACUCCAGCAUCCCCUCUGUACCCCCCGCUGAGCUUCCCCGCGUGCGCCGGAAAGAUUUUGACGCAUACCUCACCUCCGUCGGCCCCGAAUGGGAGCGGUUCCAGAAGAACGCAGAACAGGGCCGCGAAGGCAGCGCCCAGAUCCCCUCCACACCGCUGCCCUCGUCGAACAUUGAUCUCCCCCACCACGAGCAUGAUCCAAACACACCACGCGCUCCCCGUCCCACACCCGGACGCGCACUUCCUCCGCUCGAGUCCGUCCCUGCCGUGUUCUUCGACCCCAACUUCAACCUCAGCGACCCGCGCACGUUCGGCGCCGUCACCGAGCAGCUCGAGGGCGCAGACACAGACCCUGCUGCGCUAUCGUACUCGCUGCCGCUACUCGAGAAGCUCUCGCACCACGCGGACACGAUUGAACAGCACCUCGUCCGCGAGAUCUCGCUGCGGUCCACGUCAUUCUUCGCCGCGCUGUCCAACCUGCAGGACCUGCAGACCGAGUCGGAGCAGUGCCUCGACCGUAUCGGCCGUCUGCGCGGGCUCCUGCGCGACGUCGACGAGACGGGCGCGCGGCGCGGGCUCGAGAUCGUCCGCCGGGAGUGCCGCCUGCGGAAUCUGGACGCGGUGCGCGAGGGCGUGCGCGUCGUCGGAGGUGUAGUGGAGAUGACGGGCGUUGCGAAGAGCCUCGUCGCGGCGGGACAGUGGGGCGAGGCGCUGGACGUGAUUGAAGAGCUGGAUCGGCUAUGGGAUGCCGACGUGAGCUCAGAGGGGAAAGUGCAGGUACCGGCGAGUCCUGCACCGUCGGGUAAGUCGAGAGAUACGCCCCGGGAGCCUCUGCCUACGGUACCAGAGUCGCCGCCGGACAGCCCAAAGGCCCCGUCUGCGAACGGCAUCCAGCGACCGCCGCUGAACGUGCCGUUGUCCUCCCUGAACGCGUUUGCGGCACUCCCGGUGCAUUUACGCGAGCUGACGAUGGAGAUUACUUCCGCGCUGACCUCAGAGUUCGUGAACGCGCUGCGGCUGGACCUCGUCGAGCGCAUUGAUGCCCCCCAGGGCGCGCCAGAGAUGGUCAUACAGGAGUCUCCCGACACGUCGCUGAAAGACAGACUGCGACCGCUGCUGCAGUGUCUUGCGCGGACGAGGGGCGUGCGAGAAGCGAGUGUGUCGUGGAGAGAGGUGGUCAUGGUAGAGGUUCGGAAUACGCUUAGGCGACGAAUACCAGGGUUGGAUGUGGAUGACGAGAAGUCCGGUGGGGGAGGGGAGCUACGUUCGAUGGCGCACGCGGCGUUCAUGGACGUCGCACGGAGGAUGUAUCAGAGUCUGCUGCGAUGCAUCGAGGGGCUGCAGCGGCAAAACGGUGCGAUCAUCAGCGUGCUCCAGUCUGUGCGAAUGCCCAAGGGGACGGUCGACAUCCCGGGGUUGCAAGAAGAGCUAGUGGGGACGCUAUCGGCAGCCACGGAGCUCGCGCACGCGCGAGCGUCCAAGGUCGUCGCAGCACGAGCAGAACAGCACGCAGCACUAGACCUACCAAGCUUCUGCAGCCUGUUCGAUGAGUCGUGGAAAUUCGUCGUCGAGUCGGAGAUGGUCUGCCGGCGGAUGAUCGUGGGCCUGCGCGGGACGCUCAUCAGCCAGGCCAAGGGCUUCCUGCAGACGUUCCACCAGGCGCAGAUCUCACACUCGGCGAAGCUCGUGGAGGACGAGCAGUGGAACGCGGCAGAGGUCGCGCCAGCUACUCCUGAACCGUCCGCCACCGAACUCUCCACUACCUGCGUCGCCCCUGCCCGUGUCGCCCCUGCUGUCGCCCAACGGUGCAGUGCGACACCCAUCUUCUCCGCUGCCCUCGCCUGCCUUUGCGAGCUCGGGCUCUAG